AAAGAAAAACGAUAAUUAUCCCACGCUCGAAGAUACUUAACUCUCUCUCACACACACUACUUCCAGAGAGAGAGAGAGAGAGAGAGAGAGAGAGAGGUGGAGAAAAGCAAAGUACGUUGCAGAGGAGAAAAAACAAAACAGUGUCGCAGAGAGCCAUUAAAAGCGGUUACGGAAGGAGGAAAGAAGAAGAGGCAGCAGCAGAAGAAGAUCAUACAGUCCUUACACAGCUCGGAGACUUCGGAUUGCCUGAAGUGAACACUACAGCAACAAUCAUAAUUGCCGCCUGGAUCGGUUUGAGCAAUGUCGAGCGGUUUCGGGUUGCAAUUGGAUGAGUGAAUGAGACGGCGGACGGAAGGAGAAGUAAUGGCGGCGGCGGCGUCAAUGGCGGUGUGGCUGAUUGUGGCGGUAGUGCAUUUGGUGGUUUUAACCGAUGCUAAUAUGGAAGGUGAUGCUUUGCAUAGUCUUAGGACGAAUUUAGAGGAUCCGAACAAUGUGUUACAGAGCUGGGACCCGACUCUUGUGAACCCCUGCACUUGGUUCCAUGUCACUUGCAACAACGAUAAUAGCGUGAUACGAGUCGAUCUUGGAAAUGCUGCGUUAUCUGGUCAAUUAGUCCCUCAGCUCGGAUUGUUGAAGAAUUUGCAGUACUUGGAGCUGUACAGUAACAACAUUAGUGGGCCAAUUCCCGGCGAUCUUGGAAAUCUUACUAAUUUGGUGAGCUUGGACCUGUACUUGAACAGUUUCAGCGGUCCCAUUCCAGACACGUUGGGCAAGCUGUCAAAAUUGAGAUUCCUCCGGUUAAACAACAACAGCCUGACUGGACGCAUUCCCAUGUCGUUGACAAACAUCUCAACCCUUCAAGUUCUAGAUUUGUCGAAUAAUCGUCUUUCAGGUGCAGUUCCAGACAAUGGCUCCUUUUCUUUGUUUACACCUAUAAGCUUUGCAAACAACUUGGAUCUAUGCGGCCCAGUCACUGGACAUCCAUGCCCGGGAUCUCCCCCAUUCUCUCCGCCCCCUCCUUUCCUUCCACCGCCCCCAGUUACAAACACAGAGGGAGCUAGCGCGACUGGAGCCAUUGCUGGAGGUGUUGCUGCUGGCGCCGCUUUGCUAUUUGCGGCUCCGGCCAUUGCAUUUGCUUGGUGGCGCCGGAGAAAACCCCAGGAGUUUUUCUUUGAUGUACCAGCUGAAGAGGAUCCCGAACUUCAUCUAGGCCAGCUAAAAAGAUUCUCGCUCCGAGAGUUGCAAGUCGCAACCGAUAGUUUCAGCAACAAAAACAUUCUGGGGAGAGGCGGCUUUGGGAAGGUGUACAAAGGGCGGCUGACGGACGGUUCGCUGGUCGCGGUCAAAAGACUUAAAGAGGAGCGAACGCCUGGCGGAGAGCUCCAGUUUCAAACGGAGGUCGAGAUGAUCAGUAUGGCUGUGCACCGUAAUCUUCUUCGACUGCGCGGCUUCUGCAUGACCCCUACAGAACGGUUGCUCGUCUAUCCUUACAUGGCUAAUGGAAGCGUUGCUUCAUGCUUACGAGAACGACCGCCAAAUGAGCCGCCACUCGACUGGCCAACGAGGAAGCGCAUAGCUCUGGGAUCCGCCCGGGGAUUAUCUUACUUGCAUGAUCACUGCGACCCAAAGAUUAUACACCGCGACGUCAAAGCUGCAAACAUAUUGCUCGAUGAAGAGUUCGAGGCUGUUGUGGGGGAUUUCGGUUUGGCCAAGCUAAUGGAUUACAAGGACACUCAUGUGACCACCGCUGUCCGCGGUACUAUAGGACACAUUGCCCCCGAGUACUUGUCCACUGGAAAAUCCUCCGAGAAAACUGAUGUUUUCGGGUAUGGAAUUAUGCUUCUCGAGCUGAUAACCGGACAGAGGGCUUUCGACCUUGCUCGCCUUGCAAAUGACGACGAUGUCAUGUUACUCGAUUGGGUUAAAGGGCUUCUGAAAGAGAAAAAGCUGGAGAUGUUGGUCGACCCGGAUCUGAAGAAGGAGUAUAUAGAAGCGGAAGUGGAGCAGCUGAUACAGGUGGCGCUGCUGUGCACGCAGAGCUCGCCCAUGGACAGGCCGAAGAUGUCGGAUGUGGUGCGGAUGCUGGAAGGGGAGGGCCUGGCGGAGAGAUGGGACGAGUGGCAGAAGGUGGAGGUGCUCCGGCAGGAAGUGGAGCUGGUGCCGCACCCGGGCUCCGACUGGAUUGUCGAUUCCACCGAGAAUUUACAUGCUGUUGAGUUAUCUGGGCCAAGGUAAGAGAGCGUCUUCUAUGGAGGAGAAUAAUUUUACUUUACCUUUUUUCUUUUUUAAAAAAAAAAUUUUAUUUUUUAGAUUUAUUUUUAAAUUAUGUAUGUAUGUAUGUGUAUGUAUAUUUUUUGUUUGGAUAAAUUGUGUUAAGGAUUGAGGGAGAAGGAAAGAAAGAUAAGUUUAACAUUGUGAAGUCUAGUUGAUUUGUGAGUGUACAUAGGAGAGAGGAAGGAUACUUUUAAAUUUGCAUUCAUCCAUUUUAAUGUGUCUUGGAAUUAUGAGAUUAAUGGACGUGACUUUGGAGGUGCUUUUGUUUG